GCCGGGCCGGGGAGCGGCGCGGGGCCGGGAGCGCUGCGGGGGCAGCGCUGUGGGGAGCCCUGCGGGGGCAGGUGAGGCUCCCGUCCUUUCCCAGAGGCUGCAUGGAAUCGUGAGUUACAGCGCAAGGCUCAGCGAUGGUGAAUUUUACUGCUUAAUGCUAUGAAUGGGAAGCAUAUCAGUUACAUCUAGUUCUUCUGCAAUUAUUUGAUAAACGAUGAAGGUUCUGUUACUGAAGGACCCCAAAGACAAAGAGUCGGGACCAGAUCCGUAUGUUAAAGAAUUAGGAUUAUACGGAUUUGAAGCAACCUUGAUUCCAGUUUUGUCGUUUGAAUUUGUAUCUCUUGAAGGCUUAUUUGAAAAGCUUUCUCAUCCAGAGCGUUACGGAGGCCUCGUUUUUACCAGUCCAAGAGCAUUAGAAGCCAUCAAGAUAUGUUUAAGAGAGAACAGUAAAAACGAAGCGUGGUCAAAAUCUCUUAAACAACAAUGGAAUACCAAACCAACAUACGUGGUGGGAAAAGCUACAGCUUCUCUAGUGGAAGAAAUUGGCCUUUCUCCACAAGGAGAAAAGAGUGGAAAUGCUGAAAAACUAGCUGAAUAUAUUUGCUCAAGAGAGAAACCUCAUUCAUCAUCUCUUCUUUUUCCUUGCGGAGCCCUGAAAAGAGAAGUACUUCCUACAGCACUUAAAGAAAAAGGUGUACCCCUGGAGAGCCUGACUGUGUACCAGACCAUGCAACAUGCGCAUCUCCAGCAGUCACUGAGCAGCUAUUUCUCACAGCAGGGAAUUCCAGCAAGCAUCGUGUUCUUCAGUCCAUCUGGUGUCAAGUUUUGCCUCCAGCACAUUCAGAAGCUUUCCGGUGAUUCUGCCAACCACGUAAAGUUUGCUGCUAUCGGUCCUACAACUGCUGAAGCCAUGGAAGCAGCAGGAAUCCCAGUAAGCUGCACAGCGGAGAGCCCCACUCCUCAAGACCUCGCUGCUGGGAUCCAGAAAGCGCUUUGCCCACAGAACUGCAUCUUGUCUGAGUGAGAGCACAGCACGUGUUUGAGGCUGAGCGGUUCUGGGCAGAAGGCUUUGUCAUUUUGCAGACCUGUGGUCUUGCAGUGUAGUAUUGUUUGGGAAUAUGCAACGCUGUCCUGGCAGUAGCUUGUGUGAGCUGCUGGCAUCUGCCUAUCUAAGAAAUCUAGAAUUUGUCCAGCAUGGUUUGAAGCCCCUUUUUCUUACGCGUGCAGUGUAAAUAUUUUACCUGGGCAUUCCUGGAAAGCAAACUGUGAGAGGCUACGCUGCGUCAGAGUAAUACAUGGGCAUCCUGCGUUCCAUGUGGCACCUCAGGUAUCUCCUAGUGCACAGGGUGAGGUUUUCACUUCUGCUUACGGUCAGUUUUGACAUGCACAUUUUCUAUUUUGAAAAGAUGAUCGUGCUUAUGUUGAAGUAUUUUCUGUUGCGAAGCUCAUUCAUUGUUCUCCUUUUCCCAUGUUCAUACUGAAGUGAUGGUUGUAGAUUCUCAGUGGAACAGCACAGUUCUCAGACCGUUGCACUGAAGGAAGCUAACAGCAGCUUGGCUGUUGACACUAAAUAUCCUUACAGUAUGGAGUCUUAAAAAUAAAGAAACUAGUUCUGAACAGAAGGAUUCGUAAGCAGAGAAAUAAACUGGCUUAUCAUUAGUAA